UUGAAAGUCAAGUCGACGCUCACGCAUUUCGAGAUUUCCCAAAUCUACUAUGGAUACGACCUCCAGUCAGUUUGAGAUUGCAAACCCUCCCUCCGAUGGCAUCUCUAAAGUUCAAUUUGCUCCCGAAGAUAGCAGUCUAUUGCUAGUUUCGUCAUGGGACAAGACUGCCACUUUAUAUAAUGUCGACGAAAACACAGUGAAGCACAAGUUUGAGCAUCAAGCUGCUGUUUUGGACUGUUGUUUUUCAUCCAACGACCGCGCAUAUACCGGAAGCGUUGAUCGCAAUGUCAGAGAGCUUGAGCUUGAUACUGGUAAUAGUCGCGUCCUUGGAUCUCACGAUGAUGCUAUCAAGUGCGUAAACUGGUGUAGUUUAACACAAACAUUGUUCACUGGAUCAUGGGAUAAAACCAUUCGAACAUGGGAUCCUAGAAGCGCUGAACCUCUUCAAAGCACAUACCACCAGCCGCAUAAAGUUCUCAGUAUGGAUAUUUUGGAUGAUAAGCUUGUUGUAGCGAUGGGCAACCGACACAUUUACAUUUAUGACGUACGAAACAUGAGCGAAACUCUGCAGAAGCGAGAAAGCUCCUUGAAAUAUAUGACCAGAGCAAUAGCCUGUUUACCUAGCAAAGAUGGAUACGCGAGCAGUUCGACGGAAGGAAGGGUUGCGGUAGAGUACUUUGAUCCAUCACCAGAAGUACAGUCUAAAAAGUAUGCCUUCAAAUGUCACAGACAAGUUCACGGCGAUACCGAGGUUGUAUACCCUGUCAACGGAUUAGCUUUCAACCCAGUGUAUGGAACUUUCGCAACAGGUGGAUCCGACGGUAUUGUUAACUUUUGGGAUGGCAUCAAUCGUAAGCGUAUUCGUCAGUUCCCUCGCUAUCCCGAUGGUAUUGCUAGUCUUGCUUUCAGUCAUGACGGUAAAAAGCUUGCUAUCGCUUGCAGCUAUACGUAUGAUGAAGCUUGUGGAGGAACAUAGAUCCCGGCAGCAUUGACAAUGGCCCAUCGAAUAUCUUGGAUUCCUUCAUCUAUGGUUGUUCCUUGAAGCACUCCCUUGCGGCCUUUCCGCUGUUGCCCAGAUACUAAUAAUUGCGGGUAACAACAUAUAGCAUCUUUGAAUACAUCCGCUUCUAUUUUUUCUUUGUUUUCCUGAAACUGCUUGGCAGAUAUGCGGUCUCGCUUGGUCAGUAUGACUUGGUACGACAAUGCUAGUUUAUCAAAGUAUUCAAACAGUUGCUGGUCAGCAGGCUUGAUUCCAACCGUGGAAUCGAUUAAAACAAACGUUCGCUUAAGCCUAAAUUUUUGUCACAUGUCAACAAACAGAAUGAACCAGUUUUCUACGGCUGGAAAGGCACUC